GCGGCCCUUCGCUGCGGAGAGUCGCGCCGGCAGGCAUUGAGAUCCCGCUGGCGUCCGAGCCGGUGGGGCGCAGGUCGCCGGCCGCAUCCUUGCUCGUGGCUCCCCGGGCAGGGAAGCCCGGCGGGGCGGAGCCGGGGGACCGGUGGCUGAGGGCAGCGGCCGGGCCGCCCUGGGAGCCUGGAAGCAAGCUCGGGGCACCGGUGUCACUCGACACUCGGUGGGGGCCCGCGGCAGCGCUCGUCUGCACGGCUGGAGAAGGGCAGGACUGUGUUGAGUGACCCAGGAGAAAGGCCUGUGCCCCGGGAGCUGUGGGGGCUUGCCUCUGCCCCGCAGGGCUGCUCCGGGUGACCGUGAGAGCUUGACUCUCAGAUGCCGGGGACUUGGCUGCGGAUCUCUCGGGAGCUCCCAGGGAUCUCCCUGCAAACAGGAGCCCACCUCCUGCCCACGGACCGGGACGGGCGGGUCUCUGGGGGGCGCUCAUCGCACACCGUGUUUAGCGAGCAGCUUGUAAACGACGGUGGAGUCGCGCAGAGGCAGUUCUGGGGCCUAGGUGCAAGCCGCGACUGGCCACUUAAUCGUCCGAGCCUACCUGGGAGGCUUGUUAUGGUAAAUUAGCCUCAGUUGGACAGCCGCACAGAGCCCCACCCGGGGGACUCCUGGGACUGAGACAGCCACGCCUUUGCCACUGAGGACCUGCGUCAGGGCUUCGCACCCCGCUGUCCAGCCAGCACUCCAGCGUCCACCACAGGUGCCCACCCAGCAGAUGGGGAGGUGUGGUGUGGCCUCAGGCACACAUGGCUGAGGCAGGGACAGGAGAGCCAUCCCCUGGCUUGGAGGGCAAGCAAGGGACAGAGUACGACACCCUGCCUUCCGACGCGGCCUCCCUCAGUGACUCUGACUCUGACCUCAGCCUGCCCGGUGGCACUGAGGUGGAGGUGCUGUCCCCAGGGGUGCUGCCUGGGGAGGCCCAGGAGGAUUCAGGCCCCGACGAGCCCUCCCUGCCGCCUGUCGCCGCGGUGCAGCCGUUCCAUCUGCGGGGCAUGAGCUCCACUUUCUCCCAGCGCAGCCACGACAUCUUUGACUGCCUGGAGGGGGCAGCCAGGCGGGCUCCAGCCUCUCUGGCCCACACCAGCGUGAGUGACAGCAGGAGCUUCCGGCAGCCCCUGGCACCCUCGAGCCAGCCUUCAGUGGAAGGCCCUCGCAGGGCCCCUCGGAGCCCUGCCCCCUCGAGGGUACCCCCUGUCCCCGAUUAUGUGGCGCACCCUGAGCGCUGGACCAAGUACAGCCUGGGGGACGUGGCUGAGGCCAGUGAACAGGACAAUCAGGCGGCUGCUCUGGCGUUCCUGGGCUCCCGAAGCCUUGCUGUCCCCACUCACUUCGUGCCCUCCUUCAACCAGGACCCUUCCAGCUGCGGGGAGGGGAGAGUGGUCUUUACCAAACCGGCUCGAGGUGGCGAGGCCAGACCCGAGAGGAAGAGGGUCCUGAGGAAGGGGGCGGAUCUGGGCAGGGGCCCUGGCACUACUGGUGGGGAGGGCCCUGUGGAGCUGGCACACCUGGCCCGGCCCGGGAGCCCUGAGGCUGAGGAGUGGAACAGCCCCCUUGGGGGCCUGCAGGAAGUGGGACCCCUGUCAGGGGCUGUCCACAGUGGGUCCGCACCAGGCUCCCCCCCACUGGUGGAGACUGUUGGUUUCCAUGGCAGCAAGAAGCGGAGUAGAGACCAUUUCCGGAGCAAGGGCAGCAGCCCCGAGGGCCCAGGUGCUGAGGUCUAAGAGCCCAGACACUGGUCUCUGUGGUUGUCCUGCCUUCCUGGCCAGGCUGCCUGCAUGGCUGGCAUCAGAGGCCCCAGGGCACUGCCCAGCUGGAGUGGAAGCACCAUCCCCCUGGGGAGGAAGCCCAGGGCAGCCUGUAGGUGGUGGCAACAGCCCUGGCAGGGGCUCUGGGAACCCGGCUGCGCUGGGGCCCAUGGGGGUGUGGGCCGGGGGCACUGGGAUCCGUUGCUGUCCACGGGGCACAAUAAACAAACGUUUCAGAUCUUC